AUGGCUUCCACUGCGCCCAACGAGACCGGCAUCUCUGGUGGCUUCUGCGUCCACUGUGUCACCGGCUUCCGCAUCCCUGGCGAGCCCAAGGGCAAGAUGGAAAAAAUCCACGGCUACGACACUUACGUUGCUACCCCCACCAACCCUUCCUCCGAUAGCGCCACCAAAGCCCUUAUUUACUUUUACGAUGCAUUCGGUCUCAAGCUCGACAAUAACAAGGUCAUCCCCGACAAGAUUGCAGAUGCGACCGGUUUGACGGUUUACGUUCCUGAUGUAUUCAACGGAGGCGGAAUCACCGAAGAAGCUAUGUCAGUCGCUCCAACCACCGCUACCGAACUGAAAUCCUCUUCUCUCUUCUCCAAACUCAAAGUCGGGGUCGCCUUCACCCUUGCCGCUCCGUUUUUCCUUCGCAAUCUUCCGCAAACGAAAAUCGGACCGCUGAAGAAUUGGAUCGAAUCACUCAAAGCUUCCCACGGCUACACCCGUCUCGGCGGCACAGGUUUCUGCUAUGGCGGUAAACUAGUCAUUGCGCUCAACGCAACCGAUCACAUCAACGUCAGUGUUGCAAACCAUCCUUCUUUCAUCACGAAAGGUGAUAUUGCAGCGCUCAAGAACCCAGUUCUAUUCAACUGUGCGGAGGAAGAUCCUGUCUUUAGCGCCGACUAUGCAAAGCAGGUGGAGAAGGAGUGGAACGAGAAAGGUGCAAAACAAGCGUUCAAGUUCAACCACUAUCCGAACACGGUACAUGGUUUUGCAGCACGACCUAAUUUGGCAGACAGACAGGUCAAGGAGGCGUUCGAAAAGGCGUUUCAAGAGGGCGUCGAUUGGUGGAAGGCUCAUCUCUAA